UCAUGACAUUUGCUCCCAUGAACCGACUUGCAUAUCAGCAGCAUUGUUGUGGAUUUAGUUGUUAUCGUCGUCUUGCCAGGAAAUAAUAGAACCGAUGACGAUGUUGGCAAGGAUCCUGAAUAGGUUAAACGAUACUUUUGACACCCAAGACGUUGCCCCGGCGUUCGCUGCUCUUGAUUGCGUCCGUCAUUCCCGAACAUGCUGCGAACGGAUCUUUUAGAGUCUCCAGACGGACUCCUUAGAUUGUAAGGGAUUAGCUCGAUGAUCGUCAUUGAUCGGAAAUCCAGUAGUCAUCGACAGUAGUCAUCAUGGAGAAGCAGAAACAGGUGACAGAAUUGCGCGUUAAGCGCAUCUCGUUGCUCUCUUGUUAUUCCCAACAAUCGCGAGAGGUUAUGUUGCAUCAGCACAGUCACAUUAACUACGCAGUCUUGUGCAUUUCUGACAUACAUUUUCUUUCGAAUGUAAUGUAACAUUUGAUUACAUGUACAAUAAAUUAACAGAUUUAUUAUUAAAUGAAUUAACAUGUAAUAAAUGAACGAAACAUUGACAGUGGUGUUGCAAGUGUCGGAUUGUAGCAACAAAGUGAUCGUUCUGUGUGUGUGUGUGUGUGUUUUGCAGAAGAGAAAACGAAACAAGCUGCGUCAGUCGAUCCUGGAGCACCAGAUACCGGACGCGCCUACUCUGGAAGAGUUUGAGUGCCUGCUUGGGGAAUCGCCCACAAAUUAUCCCAAGGGAGAGGCAGUAGAGAAUAUAGAGAGCGAGCUGCACUCGGCCGCCAUCGACACGGAAAUUUAUGAGAAGGAGGCUGCCGAGAGAGCGGCUCACGAGAAGGAGUGCAGUCUGCGAGUUGAAACGGCAAACAAGGAGUUGCUGAUAACUGAAAGCUCUCGGGAUGAAACUGAUGCUGUUCAACCAACUUUGAUAUCUGACAACACCUUGCAGAAUCAAAUUGAGCAAGUCCAAGUAAAUGUCUCCAUGAUACAGCUGGUGGACCUACCGCCGACUGCUCCGGAAGAAGCAGCCAACCUGGAAGUGCCGAACUCUGAAGACCCGAGCGCUGUAAACAUUCCAUGUCAGAAAUCUCUGUCAAAGCAGAUGGAAGUUGCAGAGAGCAAGAAGGAAGUGCUGAGUGCGUUCAAGGAUGUCAAACCGUUCACGGAGCAACAGCUGACGUCUUUGUAUCAGAAUCAGGAAUUAGCGCUGGUGGACACCUUUGUGACUGAGUUCACGGAGACGCAGUUGAGAUGCGCGCCGUUAAGGCAGCAACACAGGCUGCACGAGUUACUCAUGAGUUACCUAAGAGUGCGCAACCACUUAAUCGCAAAUUCGUACGAAUUGGAACGGCUGAAGAAGAACUGCCGGGAGACGCAGAAGCAGCUCUGGUGCCUAGAGAAGACGUCAGUGACAGAGAGCGGCGAGUGUCAAGACGGCAAUCCUGUUAGCGCCACUCACGAGUAUUCGAUCGCUCACUUUAAUCAGCAGACGCUCGUGACGUUGUCGAGAACCCUUUCGGCCAUCAAGGAGACUCUGCACGACAGCCAGGCGUUGUACUGCUACGAGGCGGAGUCACUGCGCCUGCAGAUAGAGCAUUAUGUGCAAAGAGUCACCAGAAGUUUCAACGAGUUUGCAAAUCUGUCGCAGAACGCCCCAGCAAAUCUCCUACCGGAGCAACCACCGUCGCAGACAGCUCCGCAACUGAUAGAGCUCAGGAUGUGCAUAACGGUGCUGUUCAACUUCCAGCGCCGAAUUCUCAAAGACGGCAAGUUUGUCACGGACACUAGAGAAUGGCUGUGCAGAUUGAUAGCGGUAUUACUAAGAGUCGCUACCUGGCAGGAUCACUUGUUCCUGUUGAGCCACAUACUACGCUGUCCAGGCGGUAUGAUGAAUUGGGCGAAACCCUUCGUGCAAGUGCCAGUGCCCCCGAAAAUCUCGGGACUCUGUUCCUCGCCGUUCAACGAUCCAUACCUCGAUCACAUGGUCGUCAUCCUUGCGGUCAUCUUGCUGCCCAUUAAGGAUCGGGACAAGUUUUUAGAGCAGGUGCAAGUAUCCUUGCAAGACAACACGAGCUUUCCGGGCGACACGGUGUGGGUGAUGUUGGACGAAGAAGGUGAAGAGGACGAAGAUAUCGCGAACCUCGGCGCCAAUAUCUUCGAGAGCGACUUGAUCUACCUUCUUCACCAGAUCCCACUAGACAGACUUUUCCAGCAGGUACUGUUCAUUCAGUGCCAAAACGACAAAUAUCAGCAGGAGGAGAACGCCAUCACGGAUCAUCACAUGUUGCGCCUCUUCGCGUUCUACACCAUGCUCCUCAGGUUGCUGAGGAAAGGUUUGAAAACGUACGACUCGCCAAGAUACAGACAGCUAGCGAAAAGGCUCAGUGCGUUGAUUAGAGACAUCGUCCAGUACGCGAGCGAUCAGUGGGAGGCGUUUGAUAGAAACCAAGUGACUGACGAGUCGAUGCUGUUGAAGCUGCAGAUCGAAUACGAUUGCUUCUUCCUGAGAGCGAUCCUCUGCAUAUUUUCGUCACGGCGUUUAGGCGCUUGGCAGUACCUCGCCGCGAUACCGUACCAUAUUGUAUCGUCCGCCACUCUGUGGCGCAUCUUCUACAUCCUACAUACUGACUCCGUACCCAGUGACGUAACUGCGUCAGAUAUGUCAACCUCAGACUGGGAAGCAGAACUGAAUUGCACUGAGCUCCAUAUACAGUUCGAGGAGAAGCUGGGCAAUCUGCCUGGCGACGAAUCUUAUUUCCUGUUAACGACCUUCGCGAAUAUGGCUAUGGCAAGAGGUCAUCAGGACUACGAUUUUGUUAGAACGACUACGAUUGAUCUGUUUCAGAUUGGAUUUCUCAGUGAGAAAACACAGGAAUCCUGCUCCAAGGACGCGAGAUCGCUCUUGUCGAAUUUGACGAGCAAAUAUCCUACUCUUCUGUCUGAUAUCUUGCAGAAGUUGAAGGACAAUUUCGUGUCAGUUGGCAAACUAAGUCUAUAUUUAUUCACCGAAUUGAAGAUAGAAAUGUGGGUACCGCAGCAGCAGGACAUAAUAGUUUUAUCCACCUGGUUGCAUCAGCAUCCUUUAAACUCGUCUGAGAGUCAUCUGGCUCGAUUGGUUCUCACGCACUUGGAUUGGGGCCUUGACGCAAACGACAACCUGUACCUCCCGAUUGAGCUGCAUCGACGAGUGGCAUUACUGAUUGUCGAGCUUAUGAUGAAGUACGUGCCUGACACUCCAGUACAGACAGCUUCGUUAUUAGCAGAAGGCGUGAAGCAAGUUUCGUCGAUAGUGAGGCCGCAGAACAGCGAGCAAGCAUUCUGCUUGUGGGCGUGGGAGAUGAUAAACAGGUUGAGGCUUCAUCAGUUGGACCGAUCGGAAUCCGUGUGCCAGCACACCAUCUCGAAUCCGGCCGAUGGCCUCGCUCGCGUGCCCAGCAUAGAGACCGACCCGUCCUUGGAGAUUCUGGUGAAGGGAAUGCGCGAGAAGCAGCCGAUCGCCUGCUACGCCUCCGUACUGAUGACCAUGUGGGGUCACUCGGUGCCGCUAAUCUGCGUUGAGGGCUUCAGCCAGCUGCAGACGUUGCAGUGCUACUACAAGUACGAGCAGGUGCUGGUGUGCCUGCACCACGUGAUACCAUUCUUCCUCGAUUGCCCAGACUCGCUCUUAAAGAACGACAAGUUCGUCAGUCUGAUGGUUCCACUCGUCACUGCCGAUCGCACGUACAUGAAGAUAGCCAAGAACCUGAUCGCCCCGGAGUUCCCCGGCCCGAUCCUCAAGCAGUUCUCAAACAUGAUCGAGUCUCAUUUGCAUCAUUACGCACGAUACUGCCUAAACAGUCCGGAUCGUUUCGUGUAUCUCUGGCUGAAUGUAUUAACGCUAGUCCAGGAUUGGAACAAGGACCACAGCGUGAUGUACUUGAUGGACACCGUGAUCCGCGCUGCGUUCUUCCACUUAGAUAGUAGAGUGACGAUGGCAAAUAUGUUCCAGAAUCUCUUUUGCUCUGCUGCCGAUGGAAGUAACGAGAACAUAGCAUCUAAUCGAACACCAGGAUCGUUCGGAUCCUUCCUGAGUUGGGCGACGGGAUCGUCGACCUCGGCAAGUCUUCUCGGCGGAACCGUGCAGUCUAUAUGGGUUGCUUACCAGAUCCUGUCAACGGAGCAGUACGACAGAGAGCUGAAUACCGGACUGUGGCGCGAAAUCUUGCGGGAGCUGUCCAUGCAAUCCAAAAUAUCGCUGGACACUGCACUCAAGAGAGCCUGUGCGACGGUGAAAGUGACUACUCCGUUCGGACUGAACAACCUGGCGAUUUAUCGCUGGUCUCAGCAGGCCCUCGAUACACCCAUGGAUCACCCAAUCCUGCCUCUCUUGUGGCAAAAUUUCUUCAGCUUGUUCCUUGCGCGAGCGCCUACUAUUCCAGGGUCUAUGGACAAAGGCGGCGUUGGAGAAAAAUUCUUCGAGGGAAUGAUUAAUCUGAGUUACCUGAAAAAGUUGAAGAAACGGUUGCACGAGACAACGGAGUAUUUCCAAGCGAAGGGGGAGAAGGAAAUGGAGAAUGGGAAACCGAUGACGGACGAACGGCGCGUAUUUUAUCUCAGCACUGCAAAGUUUUAUAAGACAUUGAGUCUCUGGUUAGAGGAGCCUCGUCUUCAGGAGCCGGGACUGUAUUUACCAGCUCUGCCGCCGCAGUACAUGUCGCAACGGCUAGUUUUAUUAGUCCAGGGAGACCGAACACCCUGGCUGGAAUACGUGGAUUACUGGUCGGUGCAGCAGAUCCAGCAGAAAGCUGUUCACGAUUGGGAGCGCGCGACCUUCCGCGAUCCUGAGAGUCAGUGUCAGAGAUUCUGUCAACCGACGACAAGCGCGCCCGAGCUGGCCGAUCCUCUUCGCAGGAUCUUCCAUAGACUGAGUUCCUACGAGCCGCCAUGUGCGCCGCCGCCUCUGAACCGCAGCCAGCCGGUACUGGGCUCCGUGGCCAGAGAAUGCCUCUACAACUCCACCGCUGUCAUCGAUCUUAUCAAACCGCACCUCAAGAUCAUCUUGGACUACGCACAGACUUACAAUCUCAUAGUAUCUGAGCAUACUGCGGUGGACUGCACCUUUCUGGAACUGGUCCCAACUCUUUACCGGGUCUAUGAGAAUCAUGUGACUUUGCACGCUCUCUGCGACCCCGCGCCAGCCGGCCAGAGGCGCUCGAGAUCUGGCACGCCCCCGACAGUGCACUGUGCAGGCCCAGCAGUCAUCAGGAUCAAAGUCUCGGAAGCGCACGUCAGUGAGGGCGUGGACCACAUGAUAACUCAGAACAGGGCCGAGUACGAGAAUCUCUUAGUGAAAGCUAGUCAACCGCCGCCCAGCAAGGUCACCGUCGGCUGUGUCUUCAUCGAUCACUUGAUCGCCAUGCUCGAGCACGAGUUGAACGUCAUCCGCACUAACGAGAACACCGCGGUGCUGCGCAAGAUACAGGAAAGCGGAGUCAAGCUGUUUUAUCAUCUGGUGGAGUUCUAUACGGAGGAAGCAGCACUGUGCCCGCCUACUAAGCAGCUGAUCACCACUUGCUUGGAGAAGCUGGGUCAGUUAUUCAUCAGCGGCGAAGAGACGCAAGGUCCGGAAUUGCUGAGCGCAAUCAUCCAGAGGCCCAAUCUCGGUGGUUUGUUGGGACCACAUUUUACGCCUGUCGCCGGGGGAGCCUCCACAUUUCUGGAGAUGUAUCAAACCGUUGUAGAGCUGUCCACUGGAUCCAACGUUGACUUGUGUUUCGUGUUACUUUCAAAAUUCGAUGUCGGCAGCUGGUUAAAUUAUCGUCGACCACGAUUGAGUGAAAGAUCGACCUUCAUAGAUCUAGUUUCCAAAGCGUUGUGCAACAUCGGUCUAAAUCCCGAGGAAGAGAAGUUAAUGUUGCACGAACUCUUUCGAAAUCAUUUGCGGCUCAUUCUGCUACACGAAUUCCCUGAACACUACGGUGAGGUAUUGAGCGCGGUGCUGAGAGGAUCCGAAAGCCAGAACUUGUCUUUGGACGUGUGGCGCGACUUGUUGGGAGCCCUUAGCAGCAAGCCGAAAAGCAGCGCGCCCAUACAUCCCUCGAAAAUUAGAGACGAGAUCAGACAUUACGCUACGGAACAGAGGCUACUGUCUCGUCAAGAGAUGCACGACACUGCCGUGCUGCUAAGCCGACAUUUCAUGAAGGAAAGGCUGCAGUAUGGAUUGUAUGGGCUCUAUCCGAAAUACAGGAGCUACAACGAGCCGUUAACUGUAUUUCUAGGCAUGGUCGGCCACGCUCUGGUCGUAUUGACGCUUCAAGCCGAUCGAGGAUCGCUUGCUGAUCAACUAUGCGAAAAGAUUUGGCCGGUUUUGAGCGAGAUGUAUGCGCCAUGGAUCACCCCGUACUGGACGAGAAAUUUGCGGGAACCGACAGCCGCGUGGAUCCAACAGCUGACGGAUGACAGAUCGGUGCUACUGCCAUGGAUCAUCACCGACGGUUCUUACGCAAAUCGGACGAUGGCGAUGUUCGGCGAGUGCAUUCGCUUUAUUGUCGACACUAUGCCGGCCUCCAGUAAGAUCCUCAGCUUCGUGUGGCAGUUCUACGUAUCCAACUACGCCCACGUGUCCGUCAAGGACCAUGUAUUGAAUGUGGUGCAUGGUAACUUCCUGUCUCUGCCUUGGGACCGUUUCAGUCCCUCCAUCAACGAUGUCGAGUUAAUGAUCAAAGUCGUCGAUCAGUAUCUCCCGGACUGUCACUUGUUCCUCGGAAGCGUCUUCACCGCGGUUAACUGGUCUACCUGGAUCGGCGAGUUAAUGUCCACGCAAUCGUUGCCAGUCGCUGCCAGAAUGCACGUUUGCCUACUGAACUUGCUGGUGAAGCUGUCGAAUGAACCUAAUGUUAGACAGAACGACAAGGCGAUACAAUUGGUCACGGAAGCUGAAAGCUUCUCCUGGCACUUGAUCGACGCCGCGGCAUACGACCAAGUGAUCAAUUGGCACGUGAUGAGCUGUGAUCCUAGAGUAAUUUUAUGUUUAGGCAAAGACCAGACUCACCCCAUCGAUGCAGCCGUGAAUAACUUGCUGAAGAUAGCAGCGGCUUACGAUCCAACGGCGAAACACUUUCAUCCCACCACCUUGAAGAAGAGGCAAAUGUUCGUGCGCUCCUCGGUAAAACUGCUGAUCAAUUGCACUACGAGGUAUAAGGCCCUUCUGUCGACCAACGGUAAAGCAUUCACCAACAUGUUGUCGCGAAUGCUCGACGAGAUGGAAGCCGUCAUCAUCAGCACUGUCUCUGAGUCACAACAAGUUGCUGAGGCUGGCCUGCUGAUCACCGAGUUCUUACACUCAAUCAACCAGAGUGCAGCGUUAGUCGAUCAUCUGCGUAGCAGUUGGACAGCAUGGUUGUUGGAACGGACAGCCAGCAGUCCGGUGCUGAUGGGAAUAUUGAGGGUGAUCGGGGUGGCGGUCGCUUCCUCGACUACCUUGGGUCACCUCAUGGAAGCUGCCUUGGAGGCUUAUUUCAAAUAUAAUGUAACGGAGGACGUUCGACCUACGUGGGCAACAGUCCUGACAAUUCUGCAAUCUGUGGUGCCUCGUCAGCCGCCGUUAGAAUCUAUACUGGUGUCAGAAGGAAGACUAUUGGCCCUCUACUCUGUUUUGCUGAAGAGACUUCCGUCUUGUAGGGAUAUUCGUGAAGAAGGCAUGCUUCUGAUCAAUCUGGUGGACUGGAUUAGCGCUAUCAAAACCACAGAUAUCGUAGAGGAGAAGUUACCUCUGCUGUGGGCGAAAACGUGCGAGCUCGCCUACAGGCAAUGUCAGUACAGCGAGAACACAGUGAUCGCUGCCCGAGCUUUGAAGGGAUUGGCGCGGGUGCUGCUGACGGUGGCGGAUGACGCGGGACAAGGAUGGGGCAUCCUGGGGGCAAUCGGACUAAGGAAGGGUUCUCAGCUAACUGUACGAUGCAAAUUCCUGAGCCGCGCCACGGCCGUCUACUGCCUGGCGCAAUUACCGGAAUCCAAGUCCGAUCAGCAACUGGUAAGAUACACCCCGCACUCGCCCGGCGUGGCGCCCUCGAGAUCGACCGAUCCCGAAGCGGUGGAGGUGCGACCUAGCGCGGAGGCUGUGAAGGCGAUGCAGAGCCUGGAAGGGCUCCUAGUAAACAAGCAGUACGCGGAGCUGCGCGGGGACGUGGAGAGAGCCAUCCGGUUCAUCAGGGACUCGGCCAACUCCCUUCACAACGCUGUCGAAAUCAUUGGCGCCCUUACCACAGAGCUCUACAAUCAAAGAUAUCUGCACGUGCUGACAGAGUGAUAUUAGUUUUAGAUACUGGGAUGUAAUGGAACGUACGGACAAGCGUUCUCGAGUCACUUCGAAGCGAACGAGACUUUCAAGAUUUUCAAGUAUUUCCGUCACUUUACGAAUGAUUUUAACAUUUCAAAGUUUACGAUGAUUUCAAUGAUGUUUUUAGGACUUUUGAAAUUCUUAAGUAUUUCAAGAUCUGCGACACUUUUAAGAAUCGAUAUUGCUACUCAAAAAUGGACAGCAUAUCUAUGACUGAAUCGCGAAUUUGCGACAGACGAAAGAUUGAAGAUACCUAUUGCUGUGCGGAUCUCACCAAAUGACAUUGCGUUUAAAUCGAAUGCCUAAUAGUUGUAUCACAGAUGAAGAUUCAGAGUAUAUUAUAAUUUGUCCAAUUGUGAUGUAUAGUUAAGAUGCAAUUUUUUUUAAUUUUAAAUUGCGUCUGUGUUGCUCAUUUAAAUCUCUAGAUUCACAUCGAUCUAGUCAACGAGUUGCUUUUUUCUUUUUAAUUUGAAUUUUAAUAACGUAAAAUGGUGCAUUCAAUUUAACCGCACACACGAGUUAUGUAGACUGUCGAUAGUGUAAUUGAUAAUAUUUAACAGUAUAUGUAGUUAUAUAUUAUAUAUAUUUAAUCGAUUGUGUAAAAUUUGCUAUGCACUCAACUCUCAUCGUCAAUGCUUUGUUACCUGUGUACAUGAAUUAUACGUUGAAUCAAUGAAA